AUGCGAGAAUUGUUGUUGCAAGCUCUAGGUGGCAACAAUAGAAGAGGUGGCAGAGAUGAUGAAAGAAGAGAAGGCAGGGAAGACAAUCGAAAAGAAGGUAGAGAUGGCAAGAGAAGAGAUAAUAGGAGGCAACAUAUUCCAGAUAGCGAGUCAGAGUCAAAAGAAGAACUUGAAGAACCACCACCACCGGCUAAUAAUCGUCGUAAUCAUAAUUACGAAAAUUUUGGCGAUUAUUGGAUUAAAGCCGAAAUCCCUAACUUUUGGGGAAAUAUAAAGAUUGAAGACUUCUUGGAUUGGCUUGUAGAAGUGGAGAGGUUUUUCGACAUUAUGGAGGUUCCUGAGCAUAAAAUGGUGAAAAUGGUAGCUUUCCGUCUAAAAGCUACAGCGGCUGUAUGGUGGGAUCAAUUGCAAAAUUCAAGGCAGAGGCAAGGAAAGCAGCGGGUUCGUACAUGGCGGAAGAUGAAGUCGCUUAUGAUGGAACGAUUCUUGCCCACAGAUUAUGAGCAGAUCCUAUACCGUAUGUAUCUAGGUUGUGCGCAAGGCAACCGUUUGGUUUCUGAAUAUACCGAAGAAUUCAUGCGUUUGGCAGAGCGAAACCAUUUGACCGAGACUGACAAUCAAAAGGUCGCGAGGUAUAACAAUGGGCUGAAGAUUUCCAUCCAAGAAAAAAUUGGUAUGCAUAAUAUAUGGACUUUGCAAAAGGCGAUUAACAUGGCGAUGAAAGCUGAACUGUUGGAAAAGGAGAAGCGCCAACCCAACUUUCGCAGGAACACGAUGGAAGCCUCUGAAUAUGCUACUGGUGCUUCUAGUGGCUCCGGAGAAAAGGGGAAAGUGCAGCAGCAACCUGGAGGAACGACGAAACCAGCGACAACUGUCCAAAACAAAAACUUUAACGAAAGCAGCAGCCGAACUUUCAACAGAGGGCAGUCCCGAAACCAAUCCCAGAAUCUGUAUGCUAAGCCCAUGACGGACAUAUGUUACCGUUGCCAAAAACCAGGGCAUCGUUCUAAUGUUUGUCCAGAGCGGAAGCAGGCUAACUUUAUCAAGGAGGUCGAUGAAGAUGAUGGAAAAGAUGAAGUCGGGGAAGAUGAUUAUGCAGGGGCUGAAUUUGCAAAUGAGGAAGGAAUGGAGAGGAUUACCUUGGUUUUGCAGAGAGUUCUUUUGGCACCAAAGGAGGAAGGGCAGCGUCAUAAUAUUUUUCGUUCCCUCUGCUCAAUCAAAAACAAGGUGUGUGAUGUGAUCGUCGACAAUGGAAGUUGCGAGAAUUUCAUGUCAAAGAAAUUGGUGGAGCAUUUGCAGCUAUCAACGGAGCCACAUGUCAGCCCUUACUCACUAGGGCGACCUUGGCAAUUUGAUGUGGAUGCGACUUAUAAGGGACGAGAUAAUGUAGUUCUGUUUUCUUGGAACAAUCGGAAAAUUGCAAUGGCAACUACAAAGCCCUCAAAACAAUCUGUUGAGCCCAAGACGAGGAGUUCUAGUUUCCUAACCCUAAUUAGCAGCGAGCAAAAGUUGAAUGAGGCUGUCAAAGAGGCGGAGUAUUUUUGUCCCUUGGUGUUGAAGGGGUUGUUGAAGCUUGGCAAAGGAGAAAGUGACAUUCCACAAGACGUGCAGCAGAUUUUGUCACAGUUUCAGGAACUACUUUCUGUAAAAUUGCCAAACGAGCUGCCACCUAUGCGGGACAUACAACACCGAAUUGACUUGGUGCCUAGAGCUAGCCUUCCGAAUCUGCCUCAUUAUCGGAUGAGCCCCAAGGAGAAUGACAUCCUAAGAGAGCAAAUUGAAGAAUUACUGCAUAAGGGAUUUAUCAGGGAGAGUUUGAGUCCAUGCGCAGUUCCCGUUUUGCUGGUUCUGAAGAAAGACAAGACUUGGCGAAUGUGUGUUGAUAGCCGAGCAAUCAACAAGAUAACAGUCAAGUACAGGUUUCCCAUUUCACGGUUGGAGGAUAUGCUGGAUGUUCUUAGUUGCUCAAGGGUGUUUUCCAAGAUAGAUUUGCGAAGCGGUUACCACCAGAUUCACAUCAGACCUGGCGACGAAUGGAAAACAGCGUUUAAGAGCAAGGACGGAUUAUUUGAAUGGUUGGUGAUGCCAUUCGGAUUGUCAAAUGCGCCUAGCACUUUCAUGAGACUCAUGAAUCAAGUUCUUCGACCAUUUAUUGGCUCUUUUCUACUGUUCUUGGGUUUUGUUGUUGGUGAGAAUGGUAUCCAGGUAGAUGACGAGAAGAUCAAGGCAAUCCUUGACUGGCCAGCUCCAAAAACAUAUAUUAACAGCCAGAAAAAUAUUGAUAAAAUGCAUGCUAGAUGGGUGACCUUUUUGCAGAAAUUUUCGUUCGUUAUCAAGCAUACUUCCGGCAAGACAAAUCGUUCGUUAUCCAGAUUUCUUGUUACUCAAUGUUUCGCUUGA